AACCAGCGUCCGGACUCUGAGGGAGCGGAUGCUAAUUGGUCCCCUCACGGCACCUCUGCAGCGGUGUGGUGGCCGGUUCGGACACCCGCCUCGUUUCUGAGGUUUUCCAGACCGCCUUGCGAUCGUCUCCGAGCAAUUUCCCCGAAACAAGCGUCAUGCUGCCCUAGCAACUCAAUCAUCCCAGGGAUCCGCGGUCACAGAAAUCAACUCCAGCUCUGUGCCCCUAACCUGUAAAGUCCGAUGGGCCCCGCGGGGGGCGCGGCGAGGCCCGGGCGCUUCUUCGGCGUCUACCUGCUCUACUGCCUGAACCCUCGGCAUCGGGGCCGCGUGUACGUGGGGUUCACCGUCAACCCGGCUCGUCGGGUGCAGCAGCACAACGGAGGUCGCAAGAAAGGCGGGGCCUGGCGGACGAGCGGGAGAGGACCCUGGGCCUGUCGGAGCGCUGCCCUCUCCCGGGCUGAGGUGCCCACGCGGCACCUUCCCCGGAGAUCUAAAGUGGAGUCCCCGAUGCACGCGUUCCUUGCGCUUUGCCACCGCCCACAGGAUGAAGAGGGCCCCCUGCGUUGCCCCCACCCCGGCUGUCCCCUGCGAGCCCAUGUGAUCUGCCUGGCAGAGGAGUUCCUCCGGGCGGAGCCAGGGCAGCUUGUGCCCCUGGAGGGCCGGUGCCCUGGGUGUAGGAACUCACUGCUGUGGGGAGACCUGAUCUCGUUGUGUGGGAUGGGCUCCGAGGAAGGCGACGAGGACUCGGAUUUAGCCGAGGCACACUGGACAGACCUGCUGGCGACCUGAUCCUCAUUGUCCCCAACUCUGCACUACCCCUUUUGUAUUCUCCUCAGAUCUGUGCAGUUUUUACUUGAAUGCAAUAAAAAGUCUGAGUUCUUGUAA